UCUUAUUUCAUUUCCAUCGAGUAGGUGACAGAGUGAACUGAACCAUCACCAAGAUUCAAACUUCGAUCUUAAAGUUUCUUUCAGUCGCACAACACUAGCUUGUUGACGCCAUCGGGAAUCUACCAGAAAUAACCACUCAGCUAUGAAUCGUGCAGCUCUCACGCUGAUUUUUGGGGUUUUACUCUCAUGUUUUUACCUCGAAUGUAAAGCCCUUCAGUAUCAAGACUCACGUCACAAUUUUCUAAGUUCUCUCUUGGAAACGGACAAUACACUUGAUUUAAUUCGCCAUGAUCACCAUCGGUCCAGAAGAAAUCUGGGAGGAGUGCUUACUAAUGGCUCAAAGGAUUGUGAACAGCCAGAAAAAAAUUUAAACUGUUCAGAAGUGGAGGUGCACCAUAAAUACUAUGUGUCACAAAUUAUUAAUAGUGGAAAAGACUACUGGGUUGAUGUCCAAGGUAAUCCUGACCAUGAGGAACAUUAUAAACUAUCGGACAGCUAUCUGUUAAGAAAGCCCUAUCCAUUAAAAUUCAAGUUCCCCUACUAUGGUCACUUGCUGGACUCUGUGGUGCUAACAACUGGAGGGUUCCUGUACAUGGAUGUCCAUGACACAAGGCUAAUGACACAAGUUCAGUACCUUGCUCCACUGAUGGCGUACUUUAAUCCUCAUUUAGACAAAGAUUCAAAAGUCCUUACAUUACAUGAUGAAUCCAAACUGACAGUGCAGUGGAACCAAGUUCAUUUACAUAACAAUAAAUCUGCUGGACCAUUCACAUUUCAAUGCACUCUGCACAAGAAUGGCACAAUCUGGUUUGCUUACCAAGCGAUCCCUGUUGAUGUGGCAAAAAUUCCACAUUUACCAUACCACCCUGUCAGAGUUGGCAUUGCAGAUGCAUUUGUGAUUGAAGUUAAAAGAGGACAGGUUCGUUACCGAUAUUUCUACAUCUACAGUACAAUCAACAUCACUAUGGAGAAAGUGGGUAACAAUGUGGCAGUCAUCAUUAAACCUCAACUUAGUUGUGUGAGUGCCCAGUCAUGUUCUCUCUGCAUGAAGAGGACUGAACAGUCUAACUUCACAUGUCAAUGGUGUCCUGAAUUGAACAGAUGCUCUGAUGGAGUUGAUCGUCAUCGCGCAGAUUGGGAUGCAAAGAAUUGCCCGAAAAAUGCCGUCAAAGAGUUGACCAAAGAGUGUAAAGCCAACACAAUAGGCACAACAGGCUCUCGUAGGUCACAUGAGAAAAAAGGAAUCGGUGCAGGAGCCAUCGUGGCCAUUUGUUUCGUACUGGUGUUGAUAAUCGGUGUGGCUGCUUGGUGCAUGUAUGCAUACAGGUAUCCCACCUCCAAAUCUGGACUCUUCCUCAUUGAGGCCAGUCGCCGUCCCAGGGAGCUGUUCAAGAGUAGGUCUGAUGGAGGAAACACAAGCCAUGCAGCACCCUCUGAUGUAAAGCCUCAAGUGCUGUAGAAUAGUAGUGGAUAUUUCUGCCAUUCAUAAUAUGGCAGAAAGAAUGAUAUUUGUCCAAUCAAUAAUGCAAAAGCAUAAUUUCCCAAAUCAGCACACACAUGCUUGUUGAAUGUAUUUUGUAACUAUAAUGCACUUUUUAGUAAGAAGUUUUGUAGACUUGUGUUUUUCAUGCAACAAUUUCCCUCAACAAGAAAUUCAAAAGCAAGAGUUUUGGUAGGGAGCUUUUCACGUGUGUGUCAAAAUACCUUAUCAACUUAUCAAUUCCAUGCAAAGAAGGGUUACAAAAGCCAGGAAUGAAGUUGCAAUUGGUUUAAAUGCUACAUUUAGGGCAUGUUUACAUAGAGGUGAGGUAACCCAAUUUCUCUCAGGUAACCUACUCAUUCAUUUAAUCUCUUAUUUUAUCUUGAUAACAUUUACAUGAUAGGUGGAGUGACUUGCCAAGGCAAGUUGUCCAAUCUGCUGGGUAGGGUGAUCCUGUCAGCAGGGGUCACAAUUUGCUGUGUCUCCAGGAGGGGUAACCCUCCUAGCAGGGGUUGCAUUUGUGUUAUAUUUGCAAGCGCACCAACAACCGUGAGAAACUUCACCCAGGGAUGCUGGGGUUGUAAGAUUGUACGUAAAUGUAGGCUAUUUUCUGACCAUGGCUAAGUGGGUUGCCUCACCUACCUGGGGGGCCCCCACUUCCAUGUAAGAGGUUGAUUGAGAUGACAAUACAACUUCUUAACCCUUUAACUCCCAGACAAAAUUUGUAAUUCUCCUUUCUGUCAACCAUACAAUUCUUAUAACGUUUUUCAAAGAAUUUAUUAUUGGAUCAACUAACUAUCCCCAAAUUGAUAGUUUUCUUCACUCUCAUUACUUGUCUGGUUGAUUUUGUAUUGGUAUUGUAAGGAGAAAUUCUGUCUAAGUCACUCCUGGGAGUUAAAGGGCUAAAGCCAAUAAAUUGUCAGUUUUGCUUGGCACUCAGUUGGUGAGCUUUCUACUCUGGGUUUUCGAUAAUAACUGAAUUGUUUUUCAUCAACACAAUCAAAGUGAUUUACUGCAAUAUUGUUGUGUGGAUUGAAAAUAAUGUUGCCCUGUUCCUUUUUUUCUCCUAAUUACAAGCUAAUUUUCAUUGCUUGUAAUAUUUUGGUUGUUAACUAAUUUUUUUCAUGAUUUUUUUUCGAUUUAAUUUGUCCUUUUGAUAAAAAAGACUAUAAAAUCUGCAAAAUUGACCAAAUUGAGUGGAAUCAUAUUGUAACGGACUUGGUCCAGGUCAAAGGAACUUUUAAUCUGUCCUUGACCCAAAAAAAUUGGUUUUUUGAAACACCUAUUUAAAGCUAUCCUAUUAUUUAGUACUAUUUCAACUUAGUUAUAUUUACUGCGAAGUUUCGUCUUUUUUUAUCGUAUUUAAAAACCGAUGUAGGGUUAAUUUACGUGAGUGGCAUUUUGAAUGCAUAUUUUUUAGUCUAUUAAGGUUAUUGUGUACACGGUAGAAAAUGGUUUUGUGUUAUGAUAAGUUUUUGAGCUUUUCCUUUAAGACUAUUUAAGCUGGAACGUUCAUGAAACGUUUAGCUUUUUUUCGCUUGUAUAUUUAAGUUACCAGUACUCUUUUAGCUUCCCACCUGAAAAUGAAAUUAAAACAGUCUUUUUGCUUA